CAGCGAUCGGUACCGCAAUCAAAUCAAAUUCUACAGGAAUAAGUUUUGUGAUCGCCAUAAAAAAAAUUGUAUCUCAUUAAAUUCAUUUUUUUGGCCCGUUUCUGUUGUUGGAAGAAAAUGGCGCGGAUUUUUUGCGCGGCUGUUUUCCCACUUGCUGCACUGAUGUCUCAAAGUUCGGCGAUCUCGAGGAAUUUUACGCGCGUUAAAUACCCAGAGCCUGAAAAAAUUCUACAAGACGACAUCCUGCUUCCUCCAAAUUCUCAUGAGGAGGAAAGAACGAAAUUAAUCGAAACCGACGUUCCAAGUCUUUGGCCAAAUGGGGUUGUGUAUUAUGUUUUUGAGGAGAGUGAGGUUGACGAAUACCAUCGGAAUUUAGUGAGAGCGGCUCUUCGUACCAUGGAACAGUACUCGUGCGUCAGGUUCAAGGAAAGCUCAGCGCAUAGACCUCAUCUGCGCGUCAGAAAUAUCGGCGAAGGGUGUGCCUCGGUCAUUGGUUACCAGAGGGAUGAACAAAGCCAGGACUUAUACCUAAGUGGUGAAGCAUGUUACACUCAAGGAUCCAUCCAACACGAGUUCCUCCACUCUCUCGGAUUUGGCCACGAACACACCCGCCCUGACAGAGACUCAUAUGUCAAUAUUCAAUGGUCGAAUAUCGUCCCGGGGGCCGAAAUCAAUUUCACGAAACGGAGGGUUCGCUGGGUGACGGAUCUGCUCCCUUACGACUAUCAGAGCGUGAUGCAUUAUCGGCCAGACGCCUUCAAGAGAGACAUCUCGAGUCUGACAGUCGUCCCACGUCAACCUGGUGCCAUCGCGCUCAUCGGUCAAAGGAUUCAGCUCAGCAGACUGGAUGUGGAAAAACUCAAUUUGCUCUACGGUUGCUAUAAAUACGCCGCGAUUCCGCAAAUAUCCUAGGCUAAAAAACCAAGCUCGAGAACUGCUUCCUUUUCCUGUAUUGCACACCCAAGUAGUACUGAUUGCAAUAAAUUGCAAUUAUAUGUGGUAAAAUUAUUGCUACUGCAUCGGAGUGUUGUGGGUGUUGCCUAUCUACUAAUUGACGGCAAAUGAAUUAUUGAAAUUUUUUGCAAAAAAUUGAAAUGAGUUGCAAUUUUUCAUUGCACUGCAUACUGCAUAUUGCCUAUCUUGUUGGCACAUGGAAUUCGCUUUGUUGAUUGUUGGAAAUCGGCAUAUUUUAACCAAAUUAUGUAAAAAUAUUGAAAUUUCAUGGUUGAAAAAAAAAAAAUAUAUUUCAAUAUUUUCAUUGCACUGCCAAAUUCAAAUCUACUUAUAUUGCAUGAGUUUUCGGUAUUGACCAAUAGUUUCCUUGUCACUCAAUACUCUACUUCUUCUAAAAAUAGUGAAAACUUGUUUACUUGAAGGGAUUUUAUGAUAGAUUCAAGACGAAUAUCAUCCGAUUGAAACUGACGUAUAAUGUUUCAU